AUGGAACCCUCUGAUGGUCGGUCCAGCCGGUCUGGCCGAACUCUCAAGCCGCCCAGCACCUACGUGCCGGCUCCACUGGGGAGGAAGGUGAGGAAACGCCCCGCGAAGACUAAUAAGAGGAGCGUGGUGUGCGGAAUAUGCAACCGGGCUAACAGUCCCAAUAAUAACCUCAUCGUUUUUUGCGAUGGGUGCAACGAAACCUGGCAUCAGCGGUGCCACGCGCCUGCUAUUCCAGAGGAGGUGUUGAAGGUCGAGGAGGCUGAGUGGUUCUGCUACAAGUGCAGGCCAGCGCCCCCUGCUGAACAGCAGGGUGGCAAAUCUGUCUUGUCCGGGGCCGUCAAACCACCAUCUAUCUCCCACCCUCGUCUGCGGCCAAGGGUACCCAGAGAGUCCCUGGCGUCUGGUGAGUCAUUCUCACCAGAUGACAGGCGGGCAUAUCUGUCUGCCCUGUCGCACGCUGAACUUGUCGAGCUGGCGAUGGAUACUUCGAUUCAACAUCCAAGCAUACCAAUGUUUCCAUCUGACAUGGUGGACCGAACAAAGUCUCUGUACCCGACAUACACCGGGCCACUUCAUGUCGGAGCAUUGGAGACAGUCCAGUGUGUGGGUGCUUUUUUAGCAGGCCUCAUGUCACCCUCACAGCCACGCUUUUCUUCUCCUCCUUUACGGGAGAAGAAACUCGAAUGCUUCCCGAAGAGGAAGCGUACCGGUGACACCUCGUUUGCUCCUCUGUCUAUUGAAGAACAGCCAUCUCCCAAGAGGGCUCAUGCUGUUUCGGCCCAGCCACAGCCGCCUGCGACCACCUCUCCUGCUUCGGCCAGGACAGCGGAUUCUCGGCGCUCAAUCCGCUCCACACCCGCAGCUCCUCUUCCAAAGCACCCUCUUUCACGUAGUGCAUCCGAAAUCCAGUCGCAUGCUGCCUUGUCUUACCGAGGCUCGACCAUUGAAGACUCCGAGCCAGAAACCGAAGAUCAUGAGCUUGAUGUCAUUGAUGAUCACCGUAUCUACCCUCCCUCCGGAGGUGGUUUUCCUACACCUGUUACGGCUGCCGAACUUGAUAUCAUUCAGGAGACAGAUGACUACCCUACCUUCAGCCACUCUCUACACGGCCCUGCGAAGAACCGCCACCCUGGGGCCUACCGCCACACAUGA